AUGAACUUGGAACCGGCAACCUCCGCAAGGGUUGCUAUUGAUACAACUGCGGGUAAAUUACUGAUUGAAAUUUGGGCUAAAGAAGUUCCAGAAACCGCUAGAGAAUUUCUUCAAAAUUGUUUGGACCAGAAAUACGUGGGGCAGGACUUUUCACGUAUUCUGAAGGAUUUUCUAAUUCAAACCAAUUGUAAUGAAGCCAAGUAUGAAUUACCUCAUGAAAAAUUUUCUAGAUUGAAAUUCAACCGACGUGGAUUAGUUGGUGCUGUUCUGAGUAACAAUAGUAGCAAGAAUACUGUGGAUUCAUUCUUCAUCACUCAAAGAGAAACACCAGAAUUGAAUGCUGAGCAUACAUUAUUUGGUAAGAUUGUAGGAGACACAUUCUAUACCGUUGUACGGAUCCAUGAUGGUGAGUUAAAGCCCGAUUCAGAGUGCCCGUUAUAUCCUGUACGAAUUAAAUCGACUGUAGUAGAGAUCAAAUAUUUCGAUGAUCUUGUACCAAACGUGAAGGAAAAUGUAGAAAAGCCACAAGAGAAGCCAGUGAAGUCUUCUAAAAAGGUUAAAAAGGUAAAGCUUGACUAUGGCGAUGAAGAGGAAGGUGAGGACGAAGACGGGUUCAAAAUGAAAUCUAUCUUUGACUUGAAGAAGAAGGAUGUGAAGCAGGAAAAGAGCACCGAUGAGUCUAUCGAUCAGAAAGUUGUUGAUGAGCCACAGGCGAAAGGUGACGAAACAAGUAUCAUUGAUAAUAAAGAAUCUACUGUAACAGAUGAGUCUACAAAAGAUGCGAGUUUGUCAAAAGAUGGUAACGAAUCCAGAUCGGAAUCAGAAUCCGGAUCAGAAUCCGGAUCAGAAUCCGGAUCAGAAUCCGGAUCAGAAUCAGAAUCGGAUGAACCAAUAAUUAGAGACCCAACAAUCGAUUCUGACUAUGAUGAAUUCCUUGACCUUACAUCAGAGGAAGAAAUAGACCAAGAAAUAAUUUUAAAUCAUACAUUCAACGCGUGA